ACGUUAAGAUAUUAUUUGGCCACCCCCAUGUUGUUUAAAUAAAUGAUUAUCUGGCGCCAUCUCAGGGCCAGCUGCGGCGGCGCAUCCUUAAAAAACGCAUUUUAGACCCUCCUGCUUUGCCAUAUCUUCGCUUCAGAAACGUCUUCCUGGACACACACACGUGGAUUUCCACUGACGCCAGACAGAAACAACAAUAACAUGGCAAGCCAUGGGCUCAUAUACGACGGCUGCAAUUUUUUCAGACAGCGGCUGGUUUUGUCCACACUGAGCGGAAAGCGUGUUAAAAUCAAAAACAUAAGGUCUAAAGAUGACAACCCGGGGCUCCGCGAUUUUGAGGCCAGCUUCAUUAGACUGGUAGACAAAGUGACAAAUGGCUCCAGAAUAGAGAUUAACCAAACAGGUACCGUGUUAUUCUACCAGCCUGGCUUGUUGCAUGGCGGCUCUGUGGAACAUGACUGUAGCUUGCAGCGCUCGAUUGGCUACUACCUGGAGGCCCUGCUCAUGCUGGCUCCGUUCAUGAAGACCUCUCUGAAGGCCACGCUGAGGGGAGUCACCAACGACCCUACUGACCCAACGGUCGACCUGCUGAAGUCCACAGCCCUCCCUCUGAUGAAGAAGUUUGGCAUUGAUGGAGAGGGCUUCGAUCUCAAGGUGGUGAAGAGGGGUAUGGCACCUGGUGGGGGUGGAGAAGUAGUUUUCACAUGUCCCGUCCGCAGGACCAUCAGGCCAGUGCAGCUGACAGACCCAGGAAAGAUCAAGAGGAUCAGAGGAGUGGCAUAUUCAGUGCGAGUUUCUCCUCAGAUGGCCAACAGGAUAGUGGAGUCAGCCAGGGGCGUCCUCAACCAGUUUAUUCCAGACAUCUACAUCUACACCGACCACAUGAAAGGAGCCAACUCUGGCAAGUCUCCAGGUUUUGGUCUGACCCUGGUGGCAGAGACGCUGAAUGGCUCCUUCCACAGUGCUGAAAUGUCGUCCACGCCGCAGGGCCAGGGAGACCCCAUACUUCCAGAGGACCUCGGCAGGAACUGUGCCAAACUGCUUUUGGAAGAGGUAUAUCGGGGUGGCUGUGUGGAUUCAUCCAAUCAAAGCCUGGCGCUGCUCUUGAUGACCCUUGGCCAACAGGACGUGUCGAAGGUUUUGCUCGGACCCCUCUCCCCAUACACGAUCGAGUUCCUCAGACACAUUAGAGAUUUCUUCCAGAUCAUGUUCAAAAUUGAAGUUCAGAAACCUUCAGAAGACGAAAGGAAAGGUGGAGACAAGGUCAUGAUGACCUGUGUAGGAGUCGGUUACAGCAACAUAAACAAAACCUUGAAAUAAAGUUUUUUUUUUUAUACAAAUGG